CUACGCCCCUAAUUGCUAUCUGAACUUAGUAACUUCUCCUCUUCUGUUUUGCAUUGGUGGCUUUGUGGCAAGUUGGAGUGGGUAAAGGACGGAAACGAGACUGGGCUUUGCCGCCGAUGCUCAAAACCCUUUGCAGAAAUUUAGAUGGCGAGCACUCGCAGUUGUGGAAUAUAAAUAGUUAAUGAACUGAUCAUGGACUAUUCCACUGAUAAUACUAUGGAAAGCGAAGAUGAAGACGAGGGGAUCUAUCAUGGGCAAACAAAUGAAAUGGGAUGUCCUCAUGGAAGAGGGACAACAGUAUUUUCAAACGGCAGUAGAUUUGAAGGGAAGUUCAAUAAUGGUGUCAAGGAAGGGAGGGGUACUUUUUUCUUUGCAGAUGGAAGCUGCCUCUCUGGAAACUAUAUCGAUGAUGCUCUUUUUGGUAAAGCAAUAUAUACAUAUGAGGAUGGAAGCAAGCUAGUUGGCACAUAUGUUGAUGGUGAACUGAAUGGACCUGCAGAGGAGUUCCAUGCGUCUGGAGAUAUCAGUUUUAGAGGCAACUACACUGAUAACAUUCGUAAUGGCUUGUGUCAUUUUUGGGAUGAAUUUGGGGGCCAUAUUUUUGGCGAAGUCAAUGAAAGUGGACAGCUUUCUGGUGAUGACAUCAUUUACGUGUAUCCUGACAAAGAAACGGCGCUGAAAGGUAGAUUCCAGGAUGGAGAGCUUAUUCAGGCACAACUUGCAACGAAAAUCAGCCCAGAGAAGAAGUCACUUGAGUUUAGAAUUCAUAUCCCAGCAAUCACUUUCAGACGAGAUGUUUCAACAAAGGAAAAGAUAUCGGAACAACCUCUCCUAAGUGAUCCUUUUGAAAUUAAAAGGACAUACGUCAAAAAAUCAGAGAUUUCUAAUGCUGGGGAGGGUCUCUUUGCAAGGAAGUAUAUAGGGCCUGACGAAAUUGUGUCGUUUUAUAACGGAGUACGGAUUCCACACGAAGAGGUUGACGCCAGGGACUGGAGGUUUAAUGGAAAUACUAUAUCAUUAGAUGACGAGAUUGUAAUAGACGUUCCAGAAGGGUAUUCAAGUACGGAAGUCUACUGCGCCACUUUAGGCCAUAAAGCAAAUCAUUCGUUCACCCCAAAUGCUAAAUACGACAGAUUUGAUCAUCCGCGAUUUGGCCGGAUUAAAUGCAUACGAACCAUAAAAUCUGUGGAGGCAGAUGAAGAAUUGACUGUUGAGUAUGGCUAUGACCAUAAUGGUCUUGGGAAAAAUAAUCCUGAAGCUCCACAAUGGUAUAAGUCUCAGCUAAAGCAAUUAAGCUCGUAAAGUAUGACAUACGUACAAUUUGAUUUUGAACUUAUGAUUGUUAAGCUUAAGACCCAUUGAAUUGCUCUUCUUUUGAAGUAUGUUUUUAAAAUUGUGAAUGGAAUGAUUUUGAA